AUGGGUUUAUCAGGUCGCAAGGACAAACAGAAAAUUGGCGAUGACCCUCGAAAUACGAAGUGGGCCAAGAAUGAAUCCAACCCUGGUUUCAAGAUCCUGUCUUCCAUGGGCUGGACACCAUCAACAACCACUCUAGGUGCCGCUUCGGCCGCUUCCGAGCCGGUCCAAUCGACUUGGAAGCGACUGCCAGGGGCGAUACUUCCAGUCAUCAAAUCAACUACCUCCGGUCUUGGUGCCAAUCCAGCUCAAGCUUCCACCAGCACCUAUCUGUCAGGUGCGCCGAGAUUUGUACGAGGCUCCCUGGGUGUAUCUUUUGUGGAAUCGGAAGCCGAAACUUCUGCACUGGCCGUACCGGAUCCAGAGCAAUCCACAAAGCUUGCUAUCGUCUCACAGGGUGGUGGUUUUGAUGAUCUCCUCAGUCGGCUCAAUCAAUCGAAAUCCAAACCUGAAACGCGCCCAUCGGAUAGCACGAAGCGAAAGAAGUCUAAAAAGAAAUCCAAAUGUUCGGAGCUCGAAAAUGCGGAAGAGGGACAAUCAACUCGGAAGAGUAAAAAAUCUAAGAAAAGGAAAACUCUGUCUACUCCAGAACCAGAACAGCCUGUCGAUGACGAUGAAGAAAUAGUGGCAACCCCUUCGGGCCCCAUCAGAAUAUCAAGACCAAUAAACCCCAGAGUAGCUGCCAGAGCUAAAUUUAUCAACUCCAAGAAACUUGCUUCAUCCGCUGGAAGCGCUCAAGCCAUGGCAGAAAUCCUCGGGAUCCCGCCUGCCGAAUAG